AUGACUGACAGCGAAUACGUGUAUGAAAUUAUCGACAAUGAAGCAGACGCGCGUUAUUGUGCAAAACUUUUUGCUGAAGAAUUUUCAGCACAUAAUCCUCUCACAGUUUUCGAGCGAGCAACACCGACCUGUCUUUUUGAUGAAUGUUCAUGGCCAUUAACAGAAUUAUUAUUUCCUGAACGUCUGUCAUUUCUUGUACGUCAUCGAUCAACAAUGGAAAUUAUUGGAGCUUUGCUAGCCUGCGAUUUAUAUUUGCAACAUGAAACAGAAUCAGUAUGUGAUACUUCAAAUAGAGUACAUAAUGUACCUCUCGAUGAUUUACUCGAAGAAAUGUGUAAUUUAUUUGUAACACGCGAUUUUGGACAAGAAUUAAAACUCAAUUUGGUUUUAUAUAUAGAAAUGUGUGCUGUUCGUGCUGAAUAUGCUGGUAAAGGUAUCGCUAACCAAUUACGCAAGACAGCAUGUGAUUAUGCACGUGAUCAAAGAGGAUUUCAAUAUGGAUUAGUUCAAGUGACAAAUGAUGCAACGCGGCAUAUUUUUCUAAAUAAAAUGAAUGGAAAAGAAGUAACAAUUAUUGAUCCAACAACAUGGGUUUGGAAAUAUGAAAAUAAUGAACCUAUACGCCCGUACAAAGAUUAUAAAGGUGGUUCAAUACCAAAUAUCCUUGUUAAAUUAUAG